UUGUCAGGUGUCAUUUUCUCCUUUCGAUGCCAGCCAAAAAGUCAUAGCAAAAUUUCAAGUAUUCAUACAAAAACGUAGAGCAUAAUUCCCCAAAAUUAGUUAUCAGCCGGUGGCAAGAGAUCCUGCAUCCUGCAUCCUGCUUCCUGCAUCCUGCUUCCUGCAUCCUGCUUCCUGCAUCCUGCUUCCUGCAUCCUGUAUCCAAAGUUUCCACUCCAGAAUGUGCAUGCCGUACCUGACCAAGCUCUUCGGCGGUGCCAAUCGUACCGGAGGCGUCACCCCGCUGCCCAGCCUGGCCAAUGUGACCCAGGUCUCCGCGGAUACAGUGCGCACCGCCAGGUCUGCCAAAUCCGGGAAAUCCGGGAAAUCCGGAAAGUCAGCCAGCCGGAGGAACUCCAACACGAAUACGAAUUCGAAUACGAAUGCCAAUGCCAACCAGUCGAGUGAGAGCAGCUUGGAAUCGAACACGGAGCACCCGAUGAUCGUUCGCAACACCUCCGCCUCGGUGGACCCCAUUGUUACACCUGCCGACGACGAGACGAGGACCCGCCGAUCCUGGUGGGGCUACCUCGGCAUGAACAGGAACAAGAAGCCCAGCAUUGAGUCGCUCUAGUGCUCCACCAUUUCCACACCUCGAUCGGAAAUGGAAAACGGAUACGGAUCAUACGGCUGAUCAUAGAAUUUGGGUCGGACUCUCGCAUAAACUAACCAUGAAAAAUGUGAUUUUUAUAAAUCUAUCUAUCCAUCUAUUUGGAUCUCUGAAACCCUCAAACUUAGAGUUAUCAAAUUUCGUAUUUUAACUGCUUAGUGUUUUUUAAAAAGUGGGUAAUUACACAUUAAUCUCAUGUGUCUAAUUCUCAUGGGCUUAGGUAUGAUCCCAGAUC